AUGGAUAGUUCAGGUCCAAGAGAAAGAGGAGGGGCUAUGAAGCUGGUGAUUCUGAGAGUUGGUGUUGCACUUGCACUAUCAGCAACUGGUUUGAUCUUAGCCAUGUUCGUUUCCCGGAAAGAAGAUAAAGAGGAAACUUCUUCUACAAGCAAUAAAGAGUCGUCUUUAUCACCUAGCAGAAACAACGAUGGAGAGGAAGAAGAAGAAAAAGAAAAAGAGAGUGAACUGGAGAGGAGUAGGAAGCUCAGGAGAAGAGUGAAGCAAUUACACCGGGUUGUAAUCGAGAAGAGCAGGAAGAUUAUUAGCGUGGAAAAGAAGUUAUUAAAGUGUCUUCAUGAACUUGAGAAAAAGGACAACGUUGUGAAGGAACUUGAAGAUCAAGUGAAAGGUUUGGAAGCUAACCUUGAUGUGUUGCUAGAGGAAAAAGAAGAAUUACUGAGGAAGUCAAAUUCAGAAUCAGAGAUGGUGAGUGUAGAAGAUCAUAGAAGGGUCUUAAAAGAGCAUAAGGAUUUGAAGACGGAAUUGAUCUACCUCAGAUGGAGAUAUGCUUGUUUGAGGCACAAGGUGAUGAGAAACGAAACCAAUUAUAAGGGUGCUCUUGCAUUGUCGACAGUAGUAGCUGAUAGGAAGCAUGAAUGGGGGAAGAGGACCAAGAGGUUCAUGAAGAAGCUGAAGAUAUGUGUUGGAGGGCACUCUUGGAAGGUGGAGCCUAAUUAA